AUGGCUACAAAAGCUACUUCACCCGACCACGGAGAUCAGGAUGAGGCUGCCACAUUAGGCGACGAACUGGACGGGGAUGUGUAUCUCGUAGAUUGCAUUCUCGCGGAAAGAAGAAACCAUAAAAGAACUGAGUAUCUAAUAAAAUGGCAAGGAUAUCCAGAAGAAGAAUCCACUUGGCAGACAGUCGAGGACAUCACCCAUGGCAAGGACGAGAUAUUGUCAUGCUGGACUAAGGAUAAGGAAAAAAUCAAGAAAGGCCUUGCAGACAAAUUCAAUGUAACUGAUUUCGAGAAGCGAGUGGCGAUCUAUAGAAGUACGGAGAAGCGGACGCGAGUAUGCGAGACCAAGAAAGGACGCAAAAACCAAAAAGAAGUGGCUGAACGCCCCUUCGAAAAGACAGAUGGAAACAUGCUUGUCUCUUUCGACGAAGACAGUGACGAGGACGCCGUCGAUCAAACGCAGAAAGGAGGAGAUGACGAGAUCAAUGAUACUUGCUCUAACGCUAGCACUUCCUCCAAAUCUGGAAACACGAAAAAGCGAAAGAAACCACUUUCUGAUCUGAUUUCCAACUCUUACAAGAGGGCAAGAGAUUCAUCGGAAAGGCCGCAGACACUUUCCAAUGCAUCUGUUACUGAUUAUGCGUCUAGACCUUCCACUAGGCCUGCAACUUCAACGACCUCGAGUUCCGCCUCGCAAUCGCCAAAUCCGCAUGCUUUAGGGAACACAAAAGCACCUUACGUGUACCAAUCAACAGCUCCAACGCAGGGAGUUUUUAGAAACAGCCAGGAUGAACCCCAGCUACGCAACCCAAAAUCGAGGAAUCCCGAGAGGAUAUAUACACCUUCCCAUUUACGGGCAGCCACUAGGCGGAAGCAAGAUGGAGAUCCUCCUGAUCCGAAGAACUUGAUCCUCCAGAUCCCUAGUGAAAUGAGAACUCGGCCAUCUACUCACCGAAAUAACUCGAUAAGUACACCCGUCGUAUCUACUAUGCCUACUGUAUCCCAAGGACAGCAGAGAAAGCAGAAAGAUCAGCCCGAAUCGAAGCCAGUCUCUCCAUUGGCACAGUCCAUCCCACUAAUCUGCUGUUAUUUUUAUUCUAAUAGGGUCUGCCCAGAGGGUGAACGACAAUGUCGCUUCCUACAUCAGCAGGACCAGAUCUUAGCCGUUGCAACGCCAAUAAUGCAUCAGCAAGCACGAGAAAGAGAUGCUGGUAGUGAUCGAUGGCCGAAGUAUGACGAUCCACCUAUUGUCUGUGGCUUCGAAUGCCGUGGUGAACCUCGGUGCGAACGAGACGAUACGGCUUGUGCAUAUGCGCAUUGGAUCCCGAUUAAAGGCAACUGGCAUUACCAUGACCAUCUUAUUCAAAAGAAAAAGACGUGCCACUUCUGGGCGGCUGGCAAUUGCCGUAAUUCGGCUGAGGACUGCAGUUUUGCCCACGAGACGCUGGGAGAGCUCGUUGACCCUUCCCCAAUGGCUUGUCCAAAGACCAUAACAUGUUACUUCUGGUUUGGAUGCACGUACAAUAAUGGACCCCCUUGCCGAAAAGCAGCCGAGGAUUGCAAAUUUGCUCAUGAAAUUAGGCCCCUGCUUGCCAGUCCACCACAUGAGCGGAGUGCGCCACGGCCUAUGGAUCCCAGGCUUCUGCAAAAUACCGCAAGCAAUCCUAGCAAUGAAUUCUCCACCCACUUCUCUAGCGUCGUAAAUGUUAUUCCUGACAACAACCUGCCAAGAACUGCACCGAAACGACGUAGCUCAACACCAACUUCAACCUUUGAACAGCUUUCCUUACGGAGUGCAGAUACUCUACUUAUAUGUUCAAGUAAAGAAAACGACGUUCCUGCGAACUUAGUUGAACGCCCGGAAAAUCUCUUCACUUUCAUUGUGCACAUGGGAAAGUUACAGGUGCCAGUAACCUUUGGUGAGCUCGAUCUUAAACUUUGUUCCUUACUAGAAAAUUAUUUCGGAAAGUCAGGGGUAGUGAUACAGGCGCGAGUUAGUCCUUGGGCGGAUAUUGAAGCGUUCAUCACUCCAAUUUACAACAACAAAGUCGCCACCGGCAAAUGCCUACCCCCUGAGAACGAAAUUGAGGUGGCCGAGCUUGCAGACCAUCUGGCUCAUGAAGGAUGCGCCUUACUGUUGCAAGCUAAAGAUAUGACUGUCAUCCUCUUCCCAAGUCGCGGAAAUGUGGAGCAAGCGGAUGAAGAGCCACCCAAACAAAUGAUUGCCUUUGAUAUCCGAAUUGCUACGGGUGGCCCUGUCGAAGCAGAAGCAGAACGUGAUCAAACCUCCGAUGGGAAUGCAGAGAACGAAAUAAGAUUAUGGUUCCGACAUACAUUCGAUAUGGACUUUGAAGAUCUUUUCACAUGGCCAAUUGCGCCUCAUAUGGUUAAAAAGAAUGUCUUUCUACUUCUUGACGAUGACCGGGAAGCAGAGAUCGAGGCGCUAGCAAGAAUUCUCCGAUGGUCCGGAGCAAUUGUACACGUUCCAGAUCUUCUAGGAUCUUGGAGCGACUUCAAAAAUCAUAAUGAAGGAGUUGUGAUCUUUGACGAGCGAUUGAUUGCAUAUCGCGAUAUACCAUAUCUCAGCUAUCUACUUUUCUGCAGGUUCAACUUCUUCCAACUUACAACAGAUACCAAAAAUGGAAGUAUUGGAUUAAAAAGGAUAUUCAAAACUGGCCACACGCUUUUUUUGACUGAUGAGGUUCUUAUACAAGAACCAGAGAAGGUAUUAGAAAUUAUCAGACACGUUAAAGAGCGAAACAGAACCAAAGUCCCCGGCCAAGAAUCUCGCAGGCUCUUUAUGCGCCCCCGGGCUGCAGACUGGCUUCUGAAAAUUGCCGAAGAUCACAUUGAAGAUCAUAAGGCAGGAAAUAUCUCUAGAGCUUUAUUAUGGGAUGAAAUAGUGGAUCUCACAUCAACAGAUUCUACAACUGAGAAUAUUGACCUUACGGAUGGCGUCGUGUAUGAACCGUCGUGGAUUGACAUGUCCAAUGAGGACAUUUACGGUGAAACGCACAUAGAUACCGAUUUGCUACUGAAAGCUUUCGAUUUGAUAUUUUGUCAUUAUCGCGAGCACUCGAGAAAUUGGAUCGUUAUCCAUCCAAGCUCCGAGGGAGCAUUGAAACAGGCAGAAUAUUGGUCCACUAAAUAUAACAAUAUGAAGUUCAUGACCGUCGAUGAUUUCAAGACAAAAAUAAUCGAACGAUGACGACCAUGAUUCUAUUUGGAUAGCAUCAAUCUAGCGAGACGCUUCGGUAUGCUGUAGAAUUUCAUAGUCUUUUUUCCCCCUGUAUUCAAGGUGGCUAUCACAAAUUGGUGCAGGCUUUGGAGGCAUCGAGGUAUAUUCCAUAGCUCUAUAAGGAUAAUUAUGAAUGGC